AUGAAGGCAUCUACAAGAACGUACGCCGAUGGACCCGACCGCAGUGUGCCCAGCGCGGCACGGAAACUCUCGUCCAUGCGACAGGAGAAGUCGGGGAAGAACCGACCGGAGCGGCAAUACCAACCUGCGUUCCGUCCGCCGUGCGGUUGGCAGCGAAUUUGGCGCAUCACUCACCAGGAGGAUGUGGUGUGGGAUCGCAAGGUGCACCGCUGUACCUUGCCUCUACCGCCGGCCACGGCUGCGGCCGCCAGUGUGGCGCUUGGAAGCGGCGGCAGCUUCGGACUGUUGCCAGCUGCGGUGGUGGCGCGGGUGAUUCUGAGUUGUGACCUGUGCUCCCUGCUGUCUCUGGCCGCCGCGCUCCCGUCCCUCGGCGCGGCGGCGCCGGAGCUCGGGGAGGCGCUGCCGGCGGCGCGUGGCGGUGCGAAGCGCUGGCUGAGCUUCGCGCGCAGCGCGCUGCGAUGGGCGGACCUGCUGGGAGGGCUGCGGCAGGGCCUGGUGGCCACAGCGGGGGGAAGGGCCAAGAAGGGAAGAGAAAUUUGGGUGGCCAGCGACCCGGUGGCGCCCCACUGCGCCAGCGCCUUCGCUGCAGCCGUGGCCUCGGAAGCCUCCUGCGCCGCUGCUGCUCCAGCGCUGCUGGCGACGGGGCACCAGGAUGGCGUGCGUCUGUGGGGCCUACCAGGUGGCACCAAGAUGGGUUUGGUGAAGACCAGGAGUCCCGUUCUGGCGCUGGAUCUGGGAGGACCCACGAGCGACCUGCUGGCGGCCGUCCUCGUGUGCUCGCAGAGCCCACGCUUUUUCUGGGUGGCCCUUUGGGACUUGAGCUCGCUCAACGCCGCGGCCACGCCCGUGUGGCAAGUGCAGGCGCCCAGCAUGGUGGUACACUUCUUGGGCUCCAAGGUCUUAGUCUCCAGCCCCACAGGGGUGCAGCUGCUGUGUGCGGUGACAGGUCAACCCCUCGAGAGCAUUGAGCUGGGCGGCAUGCCUGGACACUGGGACAGUUCUUCCUGCAAAUCCCCGCUGCCCCCGUCCUGGUCCGCCGGCUAUGGCGCCGGCGCCAUGCCACGCUUGGAAAAACAGCACUGCGUACUGCUCGCGGCCAAGCAGAAGGUUCUGGCAGUGACCGAGGGCUUCGCAUCUACCGCUGUACAGAGAUGCGGGGUCUUUGAAUUCGCGCCAGAGACCAUGGAGGAGAUAACGGCCCUCAGCUGUUCGGCCACCGAAGUGGCCGCUGGCACGCGAGCAGGGCGUGUCUUCGUGUGGCGCCUCGCAGAUCGUGUGGAGGUGGAUUCCAAGUCAUUCCUGGUCCCUGUCCCGACCUGUGAUCGCAACGAUCUGUUCAGGGUUUUGGACUUGUGCUCGGGCCUUGGGGGUUUUUCCUAUGCAGCAGUCAAAGCUGGCUUCUCCGUGCGGGCAGGGGUUGACCAAAAUGGACUUUGGCGUAAGAGUUGCUGCGUUUGGGCUUGUUUCAUGGCACAGUUUGCUCUGGCAUUGCCUGUCAGCCUCACUCGAUUUUGGGGGACCGUCGUGGCAUGGAUGACCCAAGAGCUCAAUCCCUCCCCAAAAACACUGCAGGUGGCAUGGUUGUUACAGUCGGCCGUUCUCAUCCUCGAAUGCACCCUUGAAAUUUUGAGGGACACCCAAGCUCAAGAGAUCCUCAGGCAGUUCACUGUGGCCACUGGGUUUCGCAUGUCACAGGCCAUCAUGAAGCUUGGGAACACGUGGUGCGGGAAGAGGGAUCGAUGGAUUGCUGUGCUGACUGCCCCGGUCAUUCCAGUUUGCAACUUGUUUGACUUGCCACAUGCCGCUGAAGUCCAGGUUGUCCGUGAUUUGAUUCCGGAAUUCACUCCAUGGCAUCAGUUUGAACAGGCUCAGCUGACCCUUAACCUGUAUGAGUUGUCCAAGUACUAUCAAUUUGCAGCUGGUGGCAUUGAUUCGGCAUGGGUCAAAAUGCUUGAGAAGUUGCCAGCACUUCUCCAUAGCGCAGGGAACCAGUUGUACACAUGUGCAUGUGGAUGCCGAGCAGCUUUGUCAGAAUCCAGGUUGCGUCAGAGAGGUGAUCAACUUUUGAAGGCUGAGCAACAGCUAGGCACCACUGGAACUGGCUUUCACUUGCGAAUUGAUGGGGAGAGUGUUGACUCAUCGCUUCCCUUGCCCAACAUGUCCCUUGUGACCAUGGUGCCCAUGGAUUGGAAUCCGAAUGACUUGCUGGCUGACAAGGUUGUCCCAUGCUGCAUGAGCAUUGAUGAUUUCCUGAAGUACAUCCGUCAGUCUGACGUCAAUGAGGCUACCCCUGUCACUGACAUUUCGCGGUUGUUUGUUGUCAGGCAUCCCAGCAUGGCCCAGAUGGAAAGGCUUGGACUUUUGGAUUUACAAGGCCCAGUCUGGGGUGAUGAUGAACUGCUCUUUGGACUUGAGCGCAUUGCUUCCGAUGCUGGGGAUGAACAACAUGCCAGUGUUUGGGAUCCGUUGUUGAUUUCGGGUUUGGUUCAGCAGGAUGUCCCAGCCACAUGGCCUAAGCUGGUUAACCCGUUGGGUCCGGUGUGCACCGUGGUGUCUGCUGUCUUGCUUGGGGGUCACUGGAUUCCGUUGGUUUGGAGGGUUGAUGCUGUCGGUGCUGUUCUCCAUACGAUUUCGGUCACUGCAGAGUAUGAACAUGUCUUGGAGAAGCUCAGUCGAGUCUUUGAGAUUUGCCGUGGAGGGGCGCAUGGUGUGUGGAAACCUCACUGCCUUGGCUUUGUCCCCGAUGGAUUUUGUGGGGCGUUGGCACUUGCUUUUGUCAAACACCUGGUUUGGGGUUGGCCCAUGGUUGCAGACCAGCAUGAUUUGGAACUUACAUCUCAAUCCAUGCGUCUGGAGUUUGCCAACUUUCUGCCUGAUCCCUGUGUUCGACCCAUCUUAGCAGGUCUUGGAGUUACAAUCACUUCUCGGCUGGCUGACUUGCUUGUUUCCCAUGGAGUUGCUCCGUCUGAGUCGGGUUCGCGUGCUGCAGCUGCGGUGAAAGCUCUGGGAGAGCCUGGAAUCACGAAGGCCUUGGACUCUGACAAUGCCUGGCGUGAGUUGAAGUGGCUUGGCAACCAACUGAGGCCUCCCUUCAUGUUCAUUAAGCCCUCAGAGCUUCAAGCCCAGAUUGACAAAAGGCAUGAUCAGCCCAUUGGCAACAAGCGACACAAACGGCAGAAAGCCUCCAAGGGAAAAGGAAAGGGACUCCCCUCCCCUGUCAGUGUGGAUCCAACUUCCUUGCGACUUGAACAUGGAAUCUUUCAGAGUGAGCAAGGACAACCCCUCUCCCAACUUGGCUUGUCACAAGUCGGACCCACCGUUGCUGGCGUGGUUGUUGUGUCGGUGCAUGCUGUUGAACCCCAUCUCUUCAGGCCCACUGGCCUUCUUUGUUGUGGACUCAGCUUCUCCACCGGUGACCCAUUUCCCUGUUGUUCCUGCACGGGUUCCUUUGGUGUGUGUGCCUUGAACUCGGAACCGCUGUUGCUUGAUGGGCAUCUUAUUCAGCUUGGUGCUUCUGCUGUCCAGCGUGCUCCACUUCAGCAGGGAUCAGAGGUCAUGGCAAUUCCCACUUGCGUGGUCAAGGCGAUGAUCUUUCGGGACCAGACUAAGGUGGCUUGGUCAGAGGUGGUGUCUCAUCCGCUGCUGCAUCUCUUUGAGCAGGUUCCUCCGUUGCAGUCCUGUUCUGACUCUGAGUGCUGUGGUUGUGAGUGUUGGCAUCGUUCUUUGGAUUACCCGAUGGACUCUCCAGUUCUUGAGCUGUGGGGCAAACAGUGGCUUCAGUUGGACUUUCGCCACACAUCUCCGGACGAUGCUGAUUUGUUCACGGCUCACUUGCGGUUGCCUGAGCACCUUCAGAUGCAGGUUGUUUGGUUGCCCAAAGCUGAUCAAGCACAACUGAUGCUGCAACGCCAGACAGUGCCACAUGUGGUCGGGCUUGCCCGUUUGGGCCAAAAGAUGGGCCUCAGAUGCCGAACAGAACAUGCUGCAGAGGUUUUCUCCACACUUCGUCCUGGGCAGACGUUUCUGCCACCAGGUAAGAGGCAGAACUACUUGGUCGGGCCCUUUAGCUAUGGCACACUGCAGUCCUCAGUCGCUCAGGUGUUGCAUGCCAAUGGAUGGACGGCAAAACCCAUUCAGGUGGUGCCAGCCAAGUCUCACAUCCAGGGAUUGAUGUUUCGAGUGCAGAGCGUCCAAGAGCCGCCCAGCAAGGUCAUUCGCAUGGCACAUGGCGAUGUCAUGAUCGCCAAAGAGGAGGACAGGGCCCCUUUUGACCGGGUUGAACCAAAGGUUUUGGCCACAUCUGCCACUGAGUCCAUGGUGGCCAAGCCUGUCGAAGCAGACAUCAUUCAGUUGAAUGAUCCGUGGGCCAAAGCAGCCAGCAAGCUCCCGCCUAAGGCUGCUACUUUCCAGAUUGGCAACCCGCUUGAAGAUGUGACACAGAAGGUUCUUGCAGAGGUGAUGUCCCAACUGCCCAAACAGACGAUGGAGGUGGACGCUGAUGCAAGCACUGACAAACGUGUUGCUGUUCUUGAACAACACCUUCAGGACCUCCAGAACCAGACAGCCACCCUGGCGGUCACCACUCAGCAGCAGCAUCAGGAGACAGCCACUCAGAUGCAGGAUCUUCGCUGUCAAUUGCAACAACAAGGUUCACACUUUGAACACGCCAUUGCUGCACAGGCCACAUCGAUGCAAGGGUUUCAGGACACAGUGCAAGAGCAAUUUCGCCAGCAGGUGUGUCACCAACAAACAAUGUUGGACAACAUGUUCAACAAGCAGAUGGCUCAGUUUGAGACCUUGUUGGCCAAGCGCUCCCGACAGGUGCUGUUUGCGGUGUGGUGCGUUGGACUUUUGGGCCUCGCUGGAUUUUGGCCCCUGGCCUUUUGGACUGCCGGCUGGAGAUGUGGUUGGACUUGGAUUUGCACCACAUCUCGACGGGGAGCAGGGUGUUCCCCGUGUCGUUCCAUGCCAUCUUGUGGCAAGUGGUGUUGGCCUUUUGUUUUGCUGUUUGCGGCCUGCUUUCGGUUUGGUGAAGCACUUCAUCCUGGCCCUGCUGGACUUGGCGCUGACACGUGGUCCCUUGGAAUUGCCUAUCCAUCUGGCUUAAAUGGCAAACUUGAUCAACUCAAUGCCUUUCCUGGUGAUGCGUGGCUCCUGUCUGAGACUCAGCUCUCUUCCAAGGGAGUUGCCACACUCCACAAAGGUUUGAAGAUGUUGAAGAGCAAUUGGAAGUAUGCUAUACCAGGGUCACCUUGCCGUGCCAGAAAGGGUACCGACACUGGGGCACAUACGGGGGUCAUGGUUUUGUCAAAGAUGCCAGCUCGAGCACUGCCUCAUGACUUCUCGGACGAGGUCUAUUCAUCCUCCAGGGUUCAGGUGGUUGGUCUGGCGGUGGCUGAUGUUUGGGUUACCUUGGGCGUGCUCUAUGGAUUUCCCUGCAAUGCGCAGCAUAAACAAGCUCGCUAUCAAACAGAUGCCUUGCUUUCCGACUUGGUUGAUCGAGUUGCCUUUCAAACGGUGGGACCCCGGGCCAUUGGGGGUGACUUUAACUUUGGACCUGAGGAGCUGGACCAGCUUGACCGCCUUCGGUCUUUAGGCUUCCGUGAAGUUCAGGACUUGCGGGCUUGGCAGCAUGGAAUUUCUGCUGAGGCCACUGGGAGAGGGUCCAAGAGGAUUGAUCAACUUUGGAUUUCACCGGAGCUUCAAAGGGUUUACCAGUCCACCUCGGUUGAGUUUGAUCACUGGGCAGAUCAUGCAGCGGUCCGUGCGAACUUCUCACAUGAUGGACUUUCAGUCAAGGUGACCUUACGCAUGAGUACGCCAAGUAUUGGUCUCAACUUGAAUCUCAGGCCCGUUGUUGGAAUCAGCACCAGGGGCUUCCUGUCACCAAGCGACAGUGUGGCCGAGCUCAGGUACUUUCGUCAACUCAGACGGUUGCAAUCGUUGGGUCGGCUUCUGCAAAAGGGAGUUAUCUCUUGGAAUGCUCAGGUCAAUCGGGAUGAGACUUGGCGGGCAAUCCGAACUGCUGUGGGGUUCCCUGGGGGUUUUGCGGCAUGGUGGACCACCAAUGGACUCGUCCCCGUCAUUUGUGUUCCCUUGCCUCUCUGCUGUCCGGCUUUGGAUGUUGUCAUGGCCCUCUUUAAUGGAUUUCAUGACUACAUGAAGAAGUAUGAAGCUAGCUUGGUCAGCCAGCGCUACCAGUUUGCCAAGAAUCGCAGGGCCAAGCACCUUGCAUACGUUUUCCAGGAUUGCAAGGAUGAACCAUUGCCUCAGGCUGACACCUUGCUUGACAGGAUCUCCGUUGGCGUUGAGGAAGUUCGUCAGGAGGACAACUCCCUGGUCUUGGUCCGUCCUGUCUCCCUGCUUGAGGGCCUUCCUGUCGUCGUCGAGGGGCAUGCAGUUCAGGUGGUUGCUCACUCAGAGGACCAGGUUUGGUUGGACACGUUGCCACCGGUCAACCCUGGCAGUGUUUUGUCUCAGGAGCGGGCAGUUGUCUCAGAUGCGGAUAUUUUGGAUCGCUUUGCUGCUGAAUGGACCAAAAGAUGGAUCAAACACAACCAUGUGCAACCCGGCCAAUGGGACCAGAUUUGUGGAUUUCUGGAGCGCACUGUUAAACCUAUCACUUGGACUUGUGAACCUUGGACUUUGGAUCGUCUCUCUGAAGCCAUUAGACACAAAAAGCCUCGAGCAGCAAAGGGUCCCGAUGGGGUCUCUCAACCCGAUCUCCAAGCCCUUCCCACAGAGGGGCGUCAGCUUAUGUUGGGGUUUUUCGAGGCAGUUGAAAAUGGUGCCAAGUGGCCUGCUCAGCUUGCUGCCGGUUUUGUCUCCAGCUUGGCCAAACACCCUGGGGCACAGAGUGUGAGUGAAUUCCGGCCAGUGGUUGUCUACAGUCUUCCCUACCGUGUUUGGUCCACCGUUCGUGCCAGGGAAGCCCUUCAAACGGUGGUGCACUUGUUGCCAGACAGUGUGAAAGGGGGUGUCCCCUCCCGCCAAGCUAAGUCCAUUUGGUUUGAACUUGCGUACACCUUGGAGCGUGCCUAUCUUGAUGGAUUUGGCGUUCAUGGCCUCCUCAUGGACAUACAGAAGUGUUUCAACAACAUCCCUCGCCUGCCCCUUUGGCAUGCCUUGUCGUUGCUUGGCUUCCCUCUGUCAACGCUCCGAGCUUGGGUUGCCUUUGUCUCAGCUCAGACCCGUCGCUUCAAGGUGAGGCAGUCAGUGGGUUCCCCCAUUGCUUCGAAUUGUGGCCUACCUGAAGGUUGUGCUCUAUCCGUCUUUGGCAUGGUCAUUGUUGAUUGGAUGCUGGACUGGUGGUUGCGUGCUCAAGAGGUUCGGGUUGACCUGCGGACGUUUGUCGAUGAUUGGGGUGUGCUGUUCCGUGAAGCUUCGGCUUUUGAACGUGUCUGGACGGCCUUGGAGCAAUUCACAAACCAACUUGAUCUGGCGAUUGACAUGGCCAAGACACGCUUGUGCGAGGUUCAAUCAGACCCCGAAGCAUGGUCCAUCCUCCAAACUUUGCGUGAUGUCCGUGAAUUGGGUGACCAUGAGGUUGUUGACAGUUUGGGUACUUUCAGCAUUUUGCGUGUUGCCUGGGAUGAGCUGGUGGUGCGGGUUAGACUUGCUUGGGGGCACGUUUUGGCAACUGCUGUGGCACAUCGCCCUACCUUUGAUGGACUCCAACAUGUGGACUUGUCUGAGUUGGCCUCUGCCCUGUCGUGUUUUGGUCCCUCUGACUUGGUGUAUCUGCGUUGUCACUUAGAUGGUACCCUCUUCACUGAGAAUGGCCGAGCACACUUUCGCAGCGAGGUGUCUGGUAAGUGCCCUUGGUGUCCGGCCAAGGAUGGGUUUCACCAUAGGGCAUGGCAGUGUCCCCGCUUUGCACCAUGCCGGUCCCACUUGACUCCAAGCCAGCUUGAUGCCCUGUCCUCUUUACCUGCGUGUUUGGUUGAUCAUGGGUGGCCCGUUGUCCUACCUGAAUGGGAGGUGGUCGUCCGGUGGUACCUCAGGGAUGAUGGACUUUGUAGGAUGUCACCAGUAGAACCCUCAGUUCGCAGUCAGCCCCAAUUGUUGGAACUGUUUGUUGAUGGCACCAGUGCCUACCCAGGAGAUGUGAAGUUACGGUUUGCAGCUUGGGCUGUCACUGCCGUACCAGGUGGAAUCGGCUCCAAGGACAACCGGUUACUGAUGGGAGUUGUACGAGGCCUGGGUCGCAUCUUGAGUGGGCGCUCACCAAAACGCAAUGCACCCCAUUCAGACUUGUGGGCCCUUCUCCACACAGCGUUGGAGGGACGUUCGCACUUGGUGAAGAUCAGGAAGGUUGUUUCGCAUGGGGCCCUUUCUCAUUCCACCAGUCCAUUGGAGGAUUGGGUCUACUGGCACAAUGGAUUGACUGAUGCGGCCGCCGAGGCAGUCAAUUUUCGCAGAUCAGAUGAUUUCUGGCAGGCAUGGUUGGGGUUGUGCAGUGCACUAGAGUUUCACCGGAAGUUGCACCGUGCGAUCCUUUUGGUCCUGCUCAAGACAUCUCGAUUGGCUUCAGCAAGUCAAAGAUCGCAGAUUGUGGACAGAGCGCCGGCACCCGCGGCGAUCAUUGAGCCUACGUUACCGCUACAAUGGACAAUUUCAAACAAGCUGGUUUGCAGGUAUGGUGAGGUGAAUUUACAGCAGAUCCAUGCGUGGUGGCAGGCCAGGGGGCUUGCAAUGCUGCAGGGACCCCACCCGCUGUGCUACAUUUCAGGAAUACAGUUGUUCUUGUCUUUUAAUUUGGAAACUGGCUUUCUUGGCCCAUGGUGCUGGAAGAAGAAAUGGUACUCUCGUGCAGAGGAUGUUCCAUUGCCUGGGCGACGCAAUUGGGGUGACAGAUGCAAAACCUUCUUGCUACUGCUCAAAGCGUACUGGAAAAGCAACGGGCUGACCGUGCCAUGCAAGUUGACGCGGCCCCAUUCAGCGUCGAUUGCCCGGUGGCUGGUUAGCUACAAACUUCGUUGGUCAGCCACGAUGAUCGACUUUGUAGACCGGCAGGUUUUCACCCAGUUGGGCCAUCAGGCCACAUCGAAUCAGCAUGCGUUACUCGCGCGGCUUCCGGCCGUCUCGGAGUUUGAUUUGGAGAAUUUGUCGUGGUCGGUGUGCCGGGCGGAGACGUUGGCAGGGCUGCGGGAUGAGAAUGGCCCAGCCAUCGCGCAAAUUCUGCUGGUAGAGGAACUCUUGGUUUGUUGUGUGAAUCUUGGACAACCGGGUCAAGACUCUGCAGUCGCCUUGAUGGCCUGGCAUGUGCCCAGCUGCACGCGGCUGCCUCAUCCCUGGCAUUUGGCCGGGCCUCUUGAGGCCUCCCCUACCUCCCGCGCCACUGCCACUGCACCGGUGCUGCUGCCCGGGAUCUCCGUGGGGGACCCAGCGGAGAUGUCCACCCAAAAUGUCCUUUGGACCCGAUCAACAGACGCAACUCGCAGCAUGGCUCAAUACGUCUUCACCGCCCCUUCCAAAGGUGACCCCAUCCCGGUGGCCGCGGGCACCGCGGACACCGCGCCGAUGCGCUGUGUUGCGGCGCUGCUGCUGACCGCGGUUCAGGGUGGAUGGCAGGCGGCCGAGAUUCAGCAUGUGCCGAAGGCCCUGCACAGCAACCUGACCAUCUUCGCCCUGGGCGACUCGCUGACAGCGGCCGGUUUCGGAAGCGUGGCAUAUGGGAUGAUGCUCUCUGAGAUGAUGGGGCUCCAGGUGGACAUUGCUGGCGUUUGGGGAGAGCGGACAAGGCCCAUGCUGGAACGCUUUGCGCAGCACGUCACCGGCGGAACGGACACCGCGCCGGAGGUGGUGCUGGUGCUGGCAGGCACCAACGACGUGUGCGACGAGGAGCCAUUGCCUACAAUCCUGGCGAAUCUGAAGGAGAUUCACCACCUUGCUGGGGCGCAGUUGAGUUUGGUGGGCGUCCUGGGAUUACCGCCCUUCCUGGAUGAACGCAACGAAGCGAGGCGCACCGCGUUGAACGUCGCACUGAGAGAGCAGGUGGCCUCAUACAGUUUCCCAUCCUUCUUUGUGGAUCUCGACUCCGUGCCCACGUCGUACCUCUACGAUCAUCUGCACUUCACCACCGAAGGCUACCUCUUGAUCGCCAAGCAGGUUGCUGAGGCGUUGUUCGAUGCAGCUGAAAUGUUGUCGCCAAGGUCAGGUGAGCCAGGUGGAACAUCCAUGGUCCAUGGUGGAUGAAAACAUGAUCAAAGCGGAGAAGAUCUGGGAAAAUAUGUGGCAAAUCUGCAAGCUGGACUUCUACUGGAAAAUGGGCUACAUUAAUGGCUACGGCUGGAAGAUUGGCUGAAGAUGCCUUCUUUUUUGUGGGGCAGAAGUGGAACCUGGUGGAGAAAUUGCUCACCGUGGAGAUCACUGGAUACCUCUGCGAGAUUUGGAGUGCCCCGACCUCGACCAGAAAAUCCUCAGGACCGAAGUCGUGGAAGAAA